CAGUGUCCUCGUAGACUUGAUGAGACUUACUGACUCUCACCAUCAAAGGGUGAUAAUUGAGCACCUGUUUCCCCAUUUGAUCGUUCUCUCCCCUCCCGCUCGUCCCCAUUCGAGUAUGGAUCCGCGUCCUGCGUGACAGCCUAGACUCACUCACGCACUCGCGGUUCGCCACAUAUAUAACGCGGACCUGCCCGAUCAGGACGGAUCCACGAAGAUGCGCACCAGGCUCUCGCAGCCUGGGAGGAGCUUGAAAUAUUCUCCCUUUACUUCACGCCGCCGUCGAGUGAGGACUCGCUUUGGAGAGGAGAUAUAAGAAGGAAGAAUCAAGCUGGGCCUGGCUUCCUCUCGGGGGUUUGCACAGCCCGGAGUAGAAAUGAGUCCCCGGGAGUCGUCCAACGGCACGGGAUGGGAGCCCGACGAAACGGACGUGUGGAACCAGGCGAACGGGAGCAUGGAUUCCAACCUGCACGGUUUCCACAUCGACGUCACCAAGCACAUCGGGGUGCAGAUCACCCUGAUCACGGCCUAUUCCUUCAUCAUCGUGCUGGGCCUGCUGGGGAACGCUCUGGUGGUCUACAUGAUCAUCCGCUACAGGAACAUGCGCACGGUCACCAACUUCUUCAUAGCCAACUUGGCGCUGGCCGACCUCUUGGUGGACACCCUGUGCCUGCCCUUCACGCUGGUCUACACCCUGCUGGACGAGUGGAAGUUCGGCGCCGUGCUCUGCCACAUGGUCCCCUUCGCCCAGGCCUUGAGCGUGCACGUGUCCAUCCUGACCAUGACCGUCAUCGCCCUGGAGCGCUACCGUUGCAUCGUUUUCCACCUGGGUCAGCGCCUCACUUGGCACUCCAGCUUCCUCAUCAUGGCGUUCACGUGGACUACCUCGGCGGUGCUGGCGGCGCCCAUGGCCAUCUUCCGGGAGUACCGGCAAGAAGAGAUCCCCUUCUUAAAUCUGCACAUGGUGGUGUGCUCGGAGAAGUGGCCGCACGGCACCAGCAGGGACGGCGUCAUCUACAGCCUCUCCAUGCUGCUCCUGCAGUACAUUAGCCCUUUAGCCAUCAUCAGUUACGCUUACAUUUGCAUCUGGGUCAAGCUGAAGAACCACAUCAGCCCGUCUACACGCAACGAUAGCAUCGCCCGGCGUAAAAAGACCACCAAGAUGCUGGCGCUGGUGGUGGUGGUGUUUGCAAUCUGCUGGCUGCCCUACCACGUGUUCCAGCUGGCCAGCGAUCUGGACCUGGUGCUCAGGUUUAAGGAGUACAAACUGAUAUACACCGUCUUCCACAUCGUGGCCAUGUGUUCCACUUGCACCAACCCCCUGCUGUACGGAUGGAUGAAUAAAAACUACAGAAACGGCUUCCUAAUGGUCUUCCGCUGCGAGGAUAAGCCGGAUUCUUUCCACCCCGAGGGCUCCUUCCGGACUCGCUCCACCAGGCGGCUAACGCUCAACGGCCGCAACGGCGGACACCCACCCACUGCGGUCUGAGACGCCUGCAUGAAGACUUUGGAAAAUGUUGCAUUUUUUUCCCCCCUGGCACAAAGUAGGGGUGGACUAAGGUUCGUCGGAAAUGAUUGAUCAAUUAAUCCACAGGUGUCAGACUCAAUGCCGUGUCAUUUCAUAAGGCCCGCAAAAUACUUAUAUACCUUAUUUCCAUUUUGACAGAAACAAAUACAUAUACAAGCAUGUAUUUUAAAACUGUGGUCCCCAAGCUUUUUGUAUCCGCGGACCGGUCAACGCUUAAUAAUUUGUCCCGGGGCCCGGGUUGGAGGGGGGUAUUGGUAAAUGAUAAAUGGGUUGUACUUGUAUAGCGCUUUUCUACCUUCAAGGUACUCAAAGCGCUUUGACACUACUUCCACAUUUACCCAUUCACACACACAUUCACACACUGAUGGAGGGAGCUGCCAUGCAAGGCGCCAACCAGCACCCAUCAGAAGCAAGGGUGAAGUGUCUUGCUCAGGACACAACGGACGUGACGAGGUUGGUUCUAGGUGCGAUUUGAACCAGUGACCCUCGGGUUGCGGACGGCCACUCUUCCACUGCGCCACGCCGUCCCUUUU